CAACCACAUUGAUUGCUGCUACACGCUAGCGAUGUGAAGAAACCUUUAUGUAUUUGUUUAUUUGCAUUCGCAAAUAUGGGGGAAGAUCAGACUGGCCGGGAGAGACCUGUGUAUAUAUCUGUGUCACUCAUUGUCAAACGCAACCUGGCCACCUCUACAGACAAACAGACAGCUGAAGAAAUAAUUGAGUCUCUGUUGGGACUGGAGACAGUAAGACUGGACAGGGAGAAUCUCAGUGCCAUUGGAAACCUGGAGUGUCUGGGGCCAGUCCACAGUCUGUACCUGCAGCACAACAACAUUAAGAAGAUAGAGAACAUCGAAUUCCUAUCUAAUUUAAGGUUCCUGACACUCGCUGGAAACAAAAUCUGUAAAACAGAAAACCUCAAAUCGCUGGAGAAGCUGGGAUUUCUUGACCUCUCUGACAACCUCAUUGAGCAUCUUGAUUUGGGUGAGAUGCCCAAGAGCCUGUUCAUUUUGAACCUCAAAGGGAACCCGUGUGUGAAUGAGAAAGUAUACAGGGACAGAGUGGCUGCAGCCCUGCCCUGUUUGAAGGAGCUGGAUGGGCAGUCUGUCGCCAGGAGGGUGGACUAUGAAGGAGAAAAAGAUGAAGAGAGGGAGGAGAGCUCGGAAGACGAGGAGGAAUAUGCCACUCACACACCCUGGUCACUGGAAAAAAUACACGAUUUCUUCAAUGAACUCCAUGAAGAAAUGUCCAGCAGAUGCACGCUGCGCAAGAACAAUGCCAGAAAGGAGCACGAGUGCAGAAUGGAUGAGAUACAAGACCUGAAGAACUCUGUAAUAGGACUCACAGCUCCUGGCAGGCAAGCUGACCAAAGAACACCAGCUAGCAGGGACUGCUUACUGCAGACCACUUCGAAAUCCAGCAGAGAAGCAAACCAAGGGGGAGCGGGCAAGAAACCAGCGCCCACGGCUUCUGGUCAAAAGCAAGCCGCUGCUCCCGGCGUAGAAGGAGCCUCUGAACUGGCUACCAAAAGGACUGGCUCAAACGAAUCGGCCAAAAGCAUGAUUGCAGGUUCAAAAGUCAAUAGAAAGACAACUGAUACCACUAUGCAAAAAAGGACUGUAAACUCUGCAGCCAGUUUGGUCAAAAAGACAUCAGUUAGUGCUGGGGAUGCCAGAAGUAUCUCUCUAAGUGCAAGUAAUGGCGUGAAAAGAACAGCGGUUUAUAAAAACAACGAUUCUGCAAAACCAGUUCCACUACAUAGUGUAAGCAAAAGUAUGUCACUGAGCACUAAUGCAGCAGCACCAAGGAUCAAGAGUUCAGGGCUGAGUCCUAAGGACAGCCUGAAAAAAGGUGCGGAGGCCGGCGUCUCUCUGACUGCAAAUGGGAAAGCGGCUCUCCCUGGGAAAAUGACCAGCCCGUCUAAAGCUCAAAGGAACUGAAAUGUGUUGGGAGAGGGAUUUGAUUAUAGAACUGUAGUAACGGCGCAUCACAAUAAAUGUGAUCUUAAGAAAUAUUAUAAUGUACAAUAUGUAUUUAGAAGCUUGAUUUGCUGGCAUUGCAUUUUCUAAUGAGGCUGAUUGAUGGCUUUUUUGAGUCUGUAGUAUGUAGGUAAUUAUUUGAAAGAAUAUUUGGAUUUUCAAUAAUAGUAAUACAAAAAUAAAAAAAUAAGAUUCCCACAUUGUGCUUUUUAAUCUGAUGUAUCUUAUGUACCUAACAGUGUUGUCAGUCACCAUUGCACCAACACUCUGUUG